GCAUAUAAACAAAGCAGCUCUUUCUCUCGUCAUUGUACACACAGAUUGUUCGGAGAAUUCGCACUCCUCUUCGUCGGCUGUUCUGGGACGCGGAAAAGCGGCAUUGAUUUGAAAUUAUUGUGAAAUUGCAGCAAAAAAAACCACCAUGCCGCAAUCGGAUCUGUUCGGGCUGGAGAUGCUGUGGAAGCUGGAGUGCGCCAACUUGGCGGAUAAGGCCGACGCGAUGAUGCUGUUUGUGCACUGGUUCCUAGUCCGUAACGGAUUCCGUAACGUUGGCGUUGGGGACGAUAAAACGCUCAACAACGCCGUCGACCAGAGCGAGUUGCUGCCGGAAGGAUGGAACGGUAACAACAAAUCGUACGCGCUGCGCUACACCAUGAACAACGAGCUGUACAUCCUGCAUGGAACACUCUCGAACGAUACGAUGAUUGUUAAUCUGCUGCAAGCGCAGUCACUGCAGGUGUCUAAUGCGGCCUUCAAUCUGGACAAAACGAUCAACUCGUUCAACGACAGCAGCUUGACGAACAUGGUGGUCAGCAUCGAUGAUCAGAUCACCCGGCUGCAGACGGAGCUGAUUAAACCGCUGUGCGAUGGCGGAUCGAAAAGCUCCAGCACGCAGACGCUAAUUUCUUCGUCGCCUAGUCCUGCCCAAGUCAAUCCUGUGCCAGCGGCCGCUCCCAGGCGUAUUGAGGUGCUGCGUCCCAGCGGACUCCUGCUGCCAUUCGGUGGUGGUGGUGGUGUAGGUCGGGGCGAUCUCAACCCGCUGGGAGGUUUUGUUGGCGGUGGCGGCGGUAUGCUAAUGGACCCAAUGAACAUGAGGCCCGGCAGAGCGGAUCCAUUUCUGCCCGGAGCGCGCAUCGAUCCGAUGGGCCCGUUUCCUCCCCGUGUGCAACGCCCCAACCCGAAUCCGGACCAUCUUCCCCCACCCGGGUACGACGAUAUGUUUAUGUAAGGGGACGAAGCGUUUGCCUAUAUUUCGUUUCCAUUAAUCCUUUUAUGUUUCGGUUACACACACUGUGUGGAGUUGGUUAAUUCUUAAUUCGAAUAUAAAAUAAAAAUACGUUUCAACGUA